AUAGACCGCUCAGCCAUUGAUCACGACAGGGCGUGCCAGAUUAAAUAUGUCUCUCGCGGUUCACGAGGCUCUUCUUAUUUGCGUAGGAAGCCGGGGGCGGCGCGGCGCGGCUCGUUCGCUCAGCAGUCAGCAGUCAACUCCUGCCUGCCAUCGUUCGACAGCUCAAGCGGAGAGAAGAGUGGAGCGCGCGGCCGCCGCCGCCCAUGGCGUCGCCACCAGGGAGCGCCGCCGCUCGCUCCCCCAGGAUCCCGGCGUUCCCGGCGGGCCCCGGCGGCGGGCGCCCGGUGCCGGCGCUGGGGCUCGGCACGUUCUCGUACCCGCCCGUGGAGGACGACGUCCGCGCCGCGGCCCUCGCCGCGCUGGGGCUCGGCUACCGCCACCUCGACGCCGCCGCGGUCUACGGCUCCGAGCGCGCCGUCGGCGAGGCCGUGGCCGAGGCGGCGCGGCGCGGGGUCGUGGCGUCCCGGGCGGAGGUGUUCGUCACGACCAAGGUGUGGUGCACGCAGUGCCACCCGGACCUCGUGCUCCCCUCGCUCAGGGAGAGCCUGAGGAACCUUCAGAUGGAGUACGUUGAUCUGUACCUGGUUCACUGGCCCAUGGCUGUAAAGCCUAGCAAGCCCCACUUCCCUAUGAAGAGGGAGGACAUCGUGCCACUGGACCUGGCCGGCGUCUGGCGGGCAAUGGAGGAAUGCCAUCGGCUGGGCCUUGCUAAGAUGAUCGGCAUCAGCAAUUUCACGACCAAGAAGCUCAAGGAGCUGCUUGCGACCGCAAAGAUCCCCCCAGCAGUGAAUCAGGUCGAACUAAAUCCAUAUUGGCAGCAGCAGAAACUAAUCGAGUUCUGCAAAGACAAGGGUAUCCAUGUGACUGCUUAUUCUCCCUUGGGAGGCCAGUUUGGAUCUACAGUACUACAGUCUAAGGUUCUACAUGAGAUUGCGCAGGCUAGAGGGAAAUCGGUGGCUCAGAUUUCGCUGAGGUGGAUCUACGAGCAAGGCGCGAGCAUGGUGGUGAAGAGCUGGAAGCAGGAGAGGCUCAAGGAGAACACCGAGAUCUUCGACUGGGAGCUCAGUGACGAGGACCGGCUGAAGAUUAGUCAGAUGCCACAGCACAAAGUGGCCAGAGUGACGGGAAUCCUCUGCCCCGAAGGCGUCUCCAGCGUGGAUAUGGCCGAGGUCGAUGUCCUCGAAACAUAACCGGCAUCUCCGUCUGUAAGCAGCACGAGCAUGAGGAGACGCACAGGGAGUUUCUGGAAACCAUACACUCAACUUGAAUUUCUCGUUAGCACACCUGCAUUUCGGAUAUGCACAUGGGAUUUGUAUAAUUUUCAUUUCUGGUCUUCUAUGAGUGAUGCUAUGGUCAUUGCUACAUUAUUUGACUGAAUACUGGGGAGAAAACCCAGUAUGAUCUGUUACUUUUAUAAAGAGGAAAAAGAGUUUAUGUAUAUGCAAGGACUGAAAAAAGGCUAAAAUAAUUUACAUGGA